AACGAUGGCCUGAUCAUCUCUGCUUCUCGUCCAAGCGUGGAAUGUAUGAGACAGUCAGCACCUUGACCUACCUUGAGGUGGAUCAACCUCAAGGUCACCUCAAGGUCACGCAAGGUCUACACGGUCAUGUACGAUUUUGCACGCGUCCUAUGCCUCGACGCGUUGACAUACUAUUUCAUUUUCACUUGUCUGUCCAUGGUCGCCCUCGAUGUAAUGCCUGUGCAAGCUUCGGCGGUUGCCUGCGAACGUGUCUUCUCAUCUGCAAAAGAGACUGAUACCUUGCACCGUCAUUGCACAUACCCCGUUUUCUUCAAGCAUUUGCAACUCAUGAAAUAUGCCAUCAAGAAAGCACGGUAUCUUGAAACUCUCACCCUCAGUCACUUAGAUGAGGCCGUUCUUAGCUUUCUGGAUGAUGAUGAUUAUCAUUCGGAUGCGGAGACUGACGAUGACAGUCGCGACGUAGAUGAUAGCAUUCAUGUAUAGCUAGUAUAGUAAUGUCACCAACUUAAACAGAAAAUGGUGAAAAAUGUUUGCCUAUUUGAGGAUGCCGUACUUCGGCUUGUCUGGAUUGACCGACCUUGAAGGUAUCUCAAGGUCACUUGACCGACCU